ACGAAAGGCGCUUGCGCCUCUUCAGCGAGCCGUGGGUCACCGGUGGAAAGUGAGAGGUCAUUUCGGAGCACCGUAUUGAUCCACCGUAUUGAUCCACCGUAUUGAUCCGUGCGUCGGAGAAAUGGAACAGGCGGACUGUGGGCGGGACUUGUGGGAUGCGUUUGAAAUAGCAGCCGAGAAUAGCAGCCGAGAAAGGGCCUGUGUGAUUGGGAUUACAGCGUUUGAUGGUGCUUGAAGUUAUGAUACCGUGCUGUGCACACGUGCCAAGCGAAAAUGGUGCUCUUACUGCGAGGUCGUUUUUAUUCAAAGUGCUCGUAUCGCGACCCCCCCUGUACGCAGUUCGCAGAUAAGCGGAUUUCACUACUGUGCAGUAAAUCAGCGGCUGUUGGAAUAUUAAUUGUCGCAGAAAUGGAGUGCGAACGGGACGCAAACGUAAAAAAAUUACUAAAAAAUAAGCAGCUGAUUGUAGUCUAUUUUACCUACAUAAAAUAUAUAUUUCAGCACCUGGCCAUAAACGCCAUAAACGCAGUCUAGCUGGUGUCUAGACGACAAGUGACCUCAUAAUAUGAGAUCAUAUCAUAUUAUGAUGAGGCCUUUUGAUCUAUUAUGCGGCAACUUUUCAACCUAUUUUCUCGACUUGUGCUUACUCAACAACAACGGAAAGAUACCCACGCCACCAUCAGUAGUGUACUUCUGCGUUGCGGAAGGAUAGAGUUUGUUAAGAUCUACACGUCUUUUCCAGCCAACCUUAGAAUGCCUAAAAAAGAAGCCUUUUUGACCACCCUCAAAACGUUAUGUGUUGAUAUCUUCGAAACCCGUUUCGCCAAACGCCAAACGCCUGAUUAACCCUGUGCUCUGGUUUGUGACGAUUUAGGGCGUCACUAAAAGUGAGACGAUUUGUGUGACGAUUUGUGAGAGUUUUGCUCUUUUCGCCGCCGUCAUCUCAUUCAUCUCACUCCAUCUUCUCAUUCGUCACACAUGGUUUGUGAGUAUUUGUUGAAUUGUAGCACUUUUUGAGAACGUUUUGUGAUCAUCACAAAAAUCGUCUCAAACAGCACACAUUUUCGUGAAUCUUUUGUGAUGGCUUUGUGUGAGUUUUGUGAAGGCAUAACAAAGAUCACAUAUAAAAGGCUCUCCAUCUCAAAAGGCAAGCAAACUGAACAACGUCACACAAAAAAUCUCCCUUUCCAGCCCUCUACGGCUAGUUUCCAGAGACACCUCCCCUUAAAUAGCCGUCACAAAAAAGGAGCACAGGGUUAAUAUGUCAACCGGGUAUUGAAACUUCGUUGGCUUCUUAGUCUUUCUGUGUACAGUAUUCACAACUUGUAUCCCAAUGCUUCGCAAGAUGUUAUUGCCGAGGGCAUGUACGCAAAAAAAAAGCUGGCCUCACAUGAAGCAAAUCGCUUGUCGUCUAGACGCUCUAGAGCCCGAAAUGCUUUCUCCAACCUCUUUGUACGCGCGAGAAGAUGGAGCUACAGGUCCAGUAAGCAGAUAUCGUUGGAGCGGGCGGAUACACGACUGUGCUGUCACAAAGGCAAAUACAAUACGUAGGGGCGCCGUCUGGAGCCCUCUGCAACCCCGACCGCGCAAGCCGCCUAGGCCUCCGGCCAGGCCGUGCGUGCGCGGAAUGGCGGUAGCAUGGCGGCCGCCUAAGCGCGCGCACGCUCGCCCGCGGCCGCGGCAAGCGCGGCCCGCGAGGGCCGCGAGGGCCGCCGCGCACGGCGACCGGCCGGCCGCGGACCGCCCCCCGGCGACGCGAUGGGGUGCGUGUGCAGCCGGGGCGCGGGCGCGGCGCGGUGCGCAGAAUGCGGGCGGGAAGCGGGGCGCGUGCGCGCGGCAGGGGCAGGGGCAGGGGCGCGCGCGGUGCGCAGGGAGGGAGGGCGCGCGCGAGACGCGCGACGGAUGUGCGCGCGAGGGCGCGGCACGUCGGAGGGGCGUGGGGUGCAGCGAGGAGAAGCGGGGCGGCUGCGCGGAGAGGAGCAAGGUGAUGAGGCUGGUGUGCAAGGUGGAGCGUGUACAAGUAGGAGUGUGUAGGUGGCAAUAG